UCCUGGAUCACGGAUUGUGUUUCGAUUAUAUGACCAUGUUUGAAAAUCAAAUGGUUAAUAAGCAUGCGAUCAUCUAUAGUCACCUGCAUUCCAGUAGGGCAUAAUUUCUCAGAGCACAAGAAAUGAGUUAGGAAGAUGGACCUUGCUCUUGCACUUGAUUAUGAGAGAAUUGGGGACAUGUUGUUCAGCUCAUCUUGUCAAUUUUGGCAUUUUCCUUGUUCCAUGGUUAGAUCACUAAAACAACCUACUGGUUCAUGGAUUGGGCAUUUGUGUUCCAUAAUUGCUUUAAGGCCUCAGCUCAAACUUCUGCCGCUGAGUAUAAUGGCACUUCUCACCAUUGUGUUAAUAAGUUUUUUUUUUUUUUUUUUAAUAAAUAAAAUCUCCGGGGAUUGGCUUACAAAUCUGUCAGUUUAGAGUUGGUAAUUCAUUCCAUCAAAUCGGGUCUUUUGGGGAUGAUUCCUUUGAAUCAUGUAGUAUCUGUGAAAGAGCAGGGAUUAUGAUUCAAGACAGUAAAUUUGAUGUUCAUCUUUGCUCAGAUUUAGUGUUACAUGCUUACUUUUGUGUGAGCAUGAAUCAUUGUGUACCGAAUUGGGACUCGGAAAAUGGAAUUAUGCCUUCCCCAGAUUUCCUUCCAAUGACAAAGUCAAACUGGGAUACUGCACAACAGAAGAGAUCGUUGUUGCCAGAGCAUGAUAUUGAAGAACUUGUGUGGGAAAAUGGUCCAGUUGUGAAUAAAGUGAUCAAACGCCCCUUGCCCAGUCAGUUUUCUAAAUCUCUGCAAAAUGAUGAUGCUGUGUUACCCGGAAAGCCUUCCCUUGUCGGAAAGGAUAACGUUUUGGAUUCAGUUGUACAUGAUAUGACAACAGCCAAUGCUAGUUCCAUUCAGGAAGAUGAAAUGGCUUCAUGGCUACAUUAUCCUCUUGACGAUUCUCUGGAAAAAGAGUACUGUUCUGAUUUCUUCGGAGGAAUGCCUAGCACAAAUGUUCACUUGUUUAGAGAUUCAAUUGGAGCACAGGUUAAUCAUGUACCUGCUGAAAAGGUUUCCAGUGUUCAGGUACAGAAGGGAUCUUCUUUACCCAGCGACUGCAAUUCAGUACCAUGGACAGGAGGAUUUGGGACUAUGGUCAAUGCUGCAAACACGGCAGGUUCAAGCAAUAUGGGAAAGGAUUCUGGCCCAAGAUCAGUCAGUUCAGACAAGGCUAUGGCUCUGGGUGCAGGAAGGGCAUCUGGGCUGAUACCUCAAUCUGGUUCUGACACAUUUGCCAAAGUCCGGACUGCCACUCAACUGCCAGUUUCCAAAUGGCAUAAUAGUGUUCAGCCUUCUAGUAAUUCAGAAGGUAACCAGUCUCCCUGUCAAAAGACCGCUACACAAUCCGUUUCUCCUCUGGCUAUGCAACCUCCAAAAAUGCAAACUAUGGACAUAGGACAUAUGAAGCUAGGUAGUAGAUCAAGAGUAGUGAAUUUUUCCCACUUUUCAAGACCAGCAGCCACAAUUAAAGCAAAUCUGCAAAGCAUAAGCUCAGUUAGCGGACUAUCAACAAUAGGGAUAUCGAAUAGAGUAGAUAAGUUAAGAGAGGAUGGAGGUGCACCUGCAGAACCCUCUAUAAUGGAGUCAACCACUAGUGAUAUGACUACGAUUACCUCAAGUACUGCAACUAUUAGUCAAGUCCACGAUAUAAGUUAUUGUCAUACUCGUCAGAAUCCACAGCCAGUGAGAAGUUCUGACCUUGUAACAUGUUCAGAAGAUGUUACUGCUUGCAGUGCUAAAGCCCCAGAGCAACUAGGAAGCCAAAUUUCAAAUGUUGCUAGAAGUUUGGCAUCAGGAGGACCAGAGAAAUGUGGGGAGGUAGGUGAUGUUCAAGAACCUACAAUUACUUCCUCCUCAGGAGGAUCAGGUAACAGUGCAGGAAGGAUGGGAAAAGAACCUGCCAAUACAAGCAAGAGGAAGGGUAGAGAUGCUGAGGAGUCAGAGUGCCAGAGUGAGGAUGUUGAAUAUGAAUCUGUGGAUGCAAAGAAACAAGCUCCACCACGCACAACAUCUAAAAGAAGUCGAGCUGCAGAAGUUCACAAUCAGUCAGAGAGAAGGCGAAGGGACAGGAUAAAUGAAAAAAUGAGGGCAUUGCAAGAGCUCAUACCUCACUGUAACAAGUCUGACAAAGCUUCGAUGCUGGAUGAAGCUAUUGAAUACUUGAAGACACUUCAGUUGCAAGUACAGAUUAUGUCAAUGGGAGGUGGAAUGGGUAUAUCUCCAAUGGUUUUUCCUGGGGGCAUGCAGCAUUUUCAAGUGCCACAGAUGGCACAUUUGUCUCAUAUGGGUAUGGGUAUGGGCAUGGGCAUGGGCAUGGGCAUGGGUUAUAGCAUGGGAAUGCUAGAUAUGGGUGCUGCUUCAGUUCGGCCUGUUAUGCCGCUACCUCCAAUGCAUGUGUCGGCACUUCCUGCUUCGACAAUUCACUGUCCAGCAGCAAUGCCGAUGUCUGGAAUGCCUGGACCAAGCCUUCCAUUACCAAGGAUUCCUGGAACAGGAAUACAAGUAUCUGGUCUCCCUGUAUCAACACUUCCUGUAUCUGGUUUAUCUGGAACAGCUCAGCCUGCAUUAGGGUCAAGUUCAGCAGCAAACUCUACCAAUUUACAGGAACAAUUGCAGGGUGCAAAUGUAAUAGAUCCUUACAAGUUUUAUCUCAGUCGUCCACAAAUGCAACUCUCUUCCCAGGCCAUGAAUGGUAACUUGUAUAAUGUCCCAAUGGCACAGUCCGCACCUCAGAAUCCAACUCAGCCAAGUGGCAGGGGACUUCCCAAUAUGGAACCUGGAUCUGGCAAUGUGGGAGCGGCUGGUUAGAGAAGGCACUCUUGAUCAAUAUCAACAAUUUUUUUUUCUGGGAAUGUUCAAACAAUAGAUAUGAGGCAAGAAUGGCCCCUUCCUGCAAAUUAGCUCUUGAGGUUUCUGAGAGCAGAAGUGACAACAAAGCUGUCCUCGCCUUGGAGGCUUGUGGGGUGGUUUGCUCUUGGAGACUUGUGGGGUGGUUUGCUCUUUGUAUAUUAUUUUUGGUAAGCAUUGGCCUUAUAUAUAGUUUUAUCUUCGAAAGGUUUCUAGUGACCGGAGAUAUUACUACAAAGGAUCUACCUCCUGACUGCAAUAACAUCUAUCGACCUUGCAAGUAGCACACCUGUAGUUGAUCAUGUCUACCGCACUCUCAUAUGGUGGGGCUACCAUGGCAAGGGUAAAAUUUUCUGUAAUUAUUCUUACAAAUGUUGAUCAUGCCACGAGCUGAAGGAUGUUUAUAAGCUCUGAGGUAUUUCAACUCAUUCAUUUUUGAUAGGCAUUUGUUUUCCUUUUAGGCAUGAGAAAGGAGACUCAAAUUUCUAUUUGUUUGGGAGCAUCCCUUAAAGUGUUGGUCUGUGCUCUCAGUGCCAAAGUUGCAUAUUUUACCAAACCAAGUUCCAAUAACAGACCCCUACUUUCAGCUGCUGGUUUCAGAAAUAAGUUGUUUAUAUUCCCGGUACUUUUUUGAGGCCAAUUUAAAUUCGAGAUCAAAUCGUUAACUAGUUGCAGUGAUAAUGAUUUCAGUAAUGAAUCUGGCCGUUAUCGUGUUUCCUUAAUUCCACCCAUAAACAAUGCAGUCCCUCCUUUAUUGCAGUGCAUUGCCACUUACAAGCAUCCAAUUACUUGUCUUAAUCUUCUAUGAGUAACAUUUUCUCAAGGACUUUUCUAAAACUGUGUACGAGUCUUGGAGGUGAUCUGUGUAAAACUUCAUUGAAGUUUGCUCAAGUUCCUGUUUUCAUUUGCAGUUUGUGGAAAUCUAGAAAAUAUGGGCAGGGUUUUAAAGUCAAUAUCGACUUUAGAAGGUUUUGUGAACAAAAUUAUCAAACCAUGUUACAUUUCCUUAUCUACCAAGUUGCCUGUGUUAACAUAGUUGAAUUGCUUAAUUCUUUUUUAAGGUGGGUGGAAAUUAUCUCUAGACAUUAGAAUGUCCGACUUUGAAAUGUAUAAUGCCUUUUUUGAAUUACAGCUUCUGUAAUUAUCCAAUGAAUCCACUAGGGCAUAAUUGGUACCUAAUUGAUUUCUCUCUGGAUGAUUUUCAUUUGGGUCAGAGAAUUUCCUUGAUCAUGUAUGGUCUCAGAUCUGCAAGCAUGCUUGAUAAUUGGCGUAAUUCAGUGGUGUUGCUCCAUUCAUUAUAGGAUUUUCAAUAUAAGUUCUAUCAUGGAACACCCAUCUUUCAGCUGAUAAUGAGUCAUGGGCUCAUGGUUAUGCCAUUGAGCCAGGCGUGGUAGCAGCGCAAUAUAUGUACCUUUCAACAAUUUAGACAAGGUAUUUGACUCUGUUGCAAGCGAGGCUUCAGUUCAUUCUAGGAAGAACCAAACAAGAAAUGGGUGCUUGGAUCUGCAUUGGAGUAUCAUUUUGGUUGUCGGCAAUCAGGAAUGGAUAACAAUUAUUGGGAAUUCAGGCUGUGACUCCAACUAUGCCAAAUGUUAAACUUGCAGAAUUUAAUCUCGGACAUCACCAAGGAGUUUUGAAUGAGAGUUGUUCAUUUCACAGUGAAGAUGAUAGAGGUGUUUUCUUCAUUGUCUUUUGUGGAUAGUGUGGUGGAAGUCUCAUCAAAGGAUUGUUUUAGUGGAUUUAUGUUACCGAGAAAUAAAGAUUCAAUUCCCUUUUUGGUUUUUCCUUCUGAAUUU